GAGAUCAGUUUCCCCCCCCCCCUUCACAACACGGAAGCAGCAUGGCGUCCAACAGCAGCGGAGACAGCUCCAGCAGGCACCAGACAGCACGGCACAGACUAAGUGUCAUCGCCGGACACCUGCAGAGACCCGCGGACAGCAAUGCGGCCGUCCUAGCCGUGGAGUGCAAAGCCCAGGGGACCACGCCAAACAUCCGCACCGGUGUCAGGAGCGAGGGGAGGACGGUGCCCAGGAGGAGGCAGGAGAUUAUGAAAUGGAACGGCUGGGGAUACAGCGACUCCAGAUUCCUCUUCAACAAGAAAGGCCAAGCUGAAUUUACUGGCAAAAGGUAUAGACUGAGUGGGAUGAUCAUCCCUGGCCUGAAGGACUGGCUUGAAAGCACGUUUGGUGCCAGUUUGCAGCAUAAAGCUCCAGCAACACCCAUCCUGAAUAGCAGCGCUGUGCAGCCUCCUACCGUAAACGAGGCCUUUGUGGAGGAACUUAGGUCCACAGGUGUUCCCUUCUCUCACGAGGCAGAAGACCGGGUGUUUCGCAGCCACGGCCACUGCCUACAUGAGAUCUUUGCUCUGAGAGAGGGGAAAAUCGGCCGUAUUCCAGAUAUGGUGGUAUGGCCAAACUGUCACAAUGAUGUCGUGAAGAUUGUGGAGCUGGCUUGCAAACACAAUGUUUGCUUGAUACCUUAUGGAGGUGGAACCAGUGUGUCUAGUGCCCUCGAGUGCCCACCAGAGGAAACCAGAUCUAUUGUCUCACUCGAUACCUCACAGAUGAACCGUAUUUUGUGGAUCGACGAGAAAAAUCUAACCGCGCGCGUGGAGUCUGGCAUCGUCGGUCAGGAUCUGGAGAGACUGCUUAAUGAGAGCGGCUACUGUACGGGCCACGAGCCCGACUCCAUGGAGUUCAGCUCCCUGGGGGGCUGGGUUGCUACGAGAGCGUCGGGCAUGAAGAAGAACAUCUAUGGCAACAUCGAAGAUUUGGUGGUCCAUAUUAAGACGGUCACUCCUCGAGGUGUGAUCGAAAAGAGCUGUCAGGGGCCACGGAUGUCCACGGGUCCAGACAUUCACCACUUCAUCAUGGGCUCUGAAGGAACCCUCGGUGUAGUUACUGAGGUGACAAUAAAGAUCCGUCCCAUGCCAGAGUAUCAGAAGUACGGCUCUGUGGUGUUCCCCAAUUUUGAGCAGGGUGUUGCCUGUCUUCGAGAGGUAGCCAAACAGAGAUGUGCUCCUGCAUCUAUACGGCUCAUGGAUAAUGAACAGUUUAAAUUUGGUCAUGCCCUGAAGCCACAGGUAUCGUCCAUUUUCACUUCGUUUCUGGACGGACUCAAGAAGUUUUACAUCACAAAGUUCAAAGGGUUUGACCCCAACCACUUGUGCGUGGCCACCCUGCUUUUUGAAGGAGACCGCGAGAAGGUCCUGCAGCACGAGAAGCAAGUCUAUGACAUUGCCGCCAAGUUUGGGGGCCUGGCAGCAGGAGAGGACAAUGGACAGAGGGGCUACAUAAUGACCUUCGUCAUCGCUUACCUCCGGGACUUGGGGAUGGACUACUACGUGAUCGGAGAGUCUUUUGAAACCUCUGUGCCUUGGGACAGGGUUUUGGACAUUUGCCGGAAUGUGAAGGCACGCAUCGUAAGAGAGUGUAAAGACAAAGGAGUUCAGUUUCCACCACUAUCAACUUGCAGGGUGACUCAGACGUACGACGCUGGCGCCUGUGUCUACUUUUACUUUGCCUUCAACUACAGAGGACUCAGCGAUCCGGUGCACGUGUAUGAACAAGUCGAGCAUGCAGCUAGAGAAGAAGUCCUUGCCAAUGGAGGGAGCUUGUCACAUCACCAUGGAGUGGGGAAACUUCGGAAGGAGUGGAUGAGGGAGACCGUCUCCACCGUCGGCAUGGGGAUGCUCCAGUCUGUCAAGGACUAUGUCGACCCAAAUAACAUCUUCGGCAACAGGAACCUCCUCUAAGUCUGAGUUCCCGUCUUGUUAUCUCAUCUUUCUUUAUUUCUAUUUGUUUUUCUCUCCCUAAAAUCACCCUGUGCGUUUUGGAUUAACAGCUACUAAAUGUGAAUUUAAAACAGACAGAGAUCUUCUCCAUCAAACAUGUCUCUCGGUGCCAUUUAACGAUUCACUCUUCAUAUUUUUUUUUUUUUUACCAUUCAUCGCACUUAAUCUGCUGUAAGAAUCGUCUGAGGUUCUGUUGGAGAUCAUUUUGAACCCAGCUUCUUCUAACAAGGUUCAUCUGGGUGCAGCAAAAAGGUCGACUUGCUUCCUAAACACCUUUGCCAACAUAGAAGAAGCUGUUUGGUGAUCCUCCUGUGUGUUUAUGUGCGUCUGUGUGGCACUACUUUAGUUGUAAGUUGUCGCUUUCUAAAGCUCUGUGCCUUUCUAAAGCUCGUGUCUGCCUUUCCCUUUCCCUCUUUGUGUCCCACAUCUGUCCUUUCACGCCUUCCUGUGUCUCGUCGUUCUGACCUUAUGCCAUAUUAGACGUGUUUCAGGACCGAGUGUAUGUGUGUGCCUCUUUUAACAAGCCUGUCCCUCCCAAAGCAGCCUGGCUGCACUGAUUUUCACCAAGUCCCACGUCUUUUGUAAUUAUUGAGGCGAAAUACGCGUGUUUAGGUUUUGUACCGAAAGCUUUUUCCACUAAGUGGUCUGUUACUGAAGGAGAGGAGUGGAAGUCGAAGCCAUUUUAUACAUGUUUCUGGACGACAUUUUCAGUUUUCGGGGGGGGGGGGAGCCUGCAGAUCACAUCCAACCAAAGACUUGAACCCUCAGACUUUGUUGGAUGCAGUGCAAGUCAGAGGUUUACACGCACUCAUAAUUUGUAUUAAACUGUAAUGUGUGUUUAUUUCCCAGUUGUUUCAGAGCUUACCCUACCCAAACUUUCACCCUCGGAUGAAAGAAAAUUGGUAGGAAUGAUCAGAAAAUAUAAAAAAAAAAACACCAAAAGCUGGAGCUCACUAAGUCUGAGCUCAUACACCAAAAAAAAACACAUGCAAACUCAUUUAACACGUGCAGAUGCAUGUCUGGACCAGCGAAACGGCUCCCGAAGCAAACCUUUAUGUCAGGUUUGCCGGUGGUAGCAUCAUGCUGCAGGGCACAAAGUAGAUUAAAUAAUAAAGUAACUGGACCACUUCCUAAUCAUUCAACCUCAUCUCAAAUCGACAGCUAGAUGGUUGGAAGUUGGAAAGGAGACUUUCCUACAAGACAGUGAUCCCAAAAACGCAUCAAAACUGGUUUUGGUUUGGAUUAAGCUGACUUUAUUUAGCUUCUGGGAAUCUGAAAUCAGCUAAAACAGAAAUCCGUGUGCUAUGCUUAACCAGGAAACCUUACCAGUUUAAAUAAACGAUACCAACUCUGCAUAUUGUCUUACUCUUGCAGCUUUAAAAAAAAAAAAAAAACGCUCUAGAGAAACGUUUGAUGGUCAGAUUGGACAAUAUAGGGAAAUAUGUGUUUUGGGGGAGUCAAUGUGAGGCUUUCAAACCUGCGAGUGCAUUACCAAAUAAAGCCGGUGGAGGUGGCGUCAUGCUGGGGGCUUGUUUCGCUGCCAUACAGUUGGCUGUUCCUACAGGAGAAUGAUCCCAGACACAUUAAGCUUCUUUUAGAAUAAAACGAGGUUAUGUACAGGAAGUUGUGACAUUUAAAACCCCAAAAUGAAAACAUCUUGUCAACGAUGAGUGCAAACUUCUGGCUGGCACCUCCUUCACUGUCAUACAGUCACUUCGACAACUAAACUGUAUUUUCUUCUUCUAUUAAUUAGUAUAUGCAAAGAUUUACCGUCCUGUCAGAUCUUACGUGUCAAUAUUUAUGACUGUUACACAUGUUAAAGCGUUCGGUUCAAACACGCACGUCUCAAAGGUUUGUCCCCUAAAAAGGUUCCUUGGACAGUCGAAGUAGUUCAGUGUUUCUAUAUCGUGCAAAAAAGCUUUUAUGAACGGAUUCUGUAACGUGCUACAUUUUGAUACUGAACUUGUACCAUUCAGCUGCUCGUUUUCUGACUGACGCCUCGUUUGUUUUCAGGACCACUCUGGUCCUGCUUUGAUUGAAUACAAAAAAAUAAAUCCUUCUCCAGAUAACGUUGAUCUCAGCUUUUUUUGUGUUUUUUUUUUUUUUACCCGUGUCAAAAUUUGAAUGUUUUCACUGUUAUCUUUUGUUUUAUUAUUAUUAUUUCCACUCCUCAUAAUAACAUUAACAUCUGAGUACAGUUUGCCAAUGCUGUUUGUGCAAUAAAGCGAAGUAAAACG